ACGAAGGAACGUAACCUCGACGUGUCCGUGCGUUAUUGUUUACACGGAGAUUUGAGUGUUCCCGUUCUUCCAUGAUAUUUUAUAUAUUUGACAGGGCGUUUUAUGAUGUUUGCGCUAAUGGGAGAAGUGAAUCUCUGGACGUUCGACGACAGUAUACACAUAGAGGACACGGAUUUCGGUGCAUUCAAGUAUCAUGACAAACGAGUCGAUGGCACGUACGAAGAGGGUAAAAGAUCCUACUGCCAAGAACGUGGCAUGACUUACGUCCCAGAGAACAAGAAAGGAAACAAAUUGAAACAUUCCAUUAAGUACUUGGAGGAUCAACUCAGAGAUAACUCUGUGGUCUAUUGUCAAUGGUACGAUGAUUCUAUUGUGCAAUUAAUGCUCAACAACGGCCUGUUGGUACAGAUACAAGUUUGUCCUUUUACCGGCGAUGCGCAAGAAAUUAAUUUCGACAAGUACCUUGUAGGAAAAUUAUCAGAGCACGUGUCUGAUGUUAUAAUUACCAAGAGUCAUUUAGUCUGCACAUACAAUGAUAACCUGGUAACACUGGUCUACUUUACCAAAGCUAAGAUGCACGUCUUUGACAAGAUCAAUAAAUUGGAACCUAAAUUAAUCACGACGGACCUGUUUGUACCCAACGGACGUAGAUUGGAUAAAAAGGUUCAAGUAAAUAAGUCUGCUGACCUGAUUUUGAUUUGGCGGAAAUCCACUAUGAACGAGGUUUAUCCGUGGAGUCCCGCCAUGAAACAGUAUCAUCGCGCAAACAUGCACCUCUUCCGGCUCACGGGAACGAAAUUAGAGUUGCUAUGUUACAUACGUACCGAGUUCGAUCCGCUGUGCAUCACGUUCGACGCAUGCGACGACAAUGUCAUUCAUUCCGUAGAACAGAAAGUCUCGAGGAAGGGAGAGGUCACCGUGGAGUGGCGUACGUACGAGGUGUCGCGGCAGAACAAGCUGAAGAGGAUCGCCGUGAUCUCGGUACCGUUGCCGACGCACACGAGCUGCGUGAGAUUCUCGCCGAAUCAGGAGCUGUUGCUGCUCUGUUGCAUCGACGGCACCGUGAUGAUGUACGAUCAGACGAAAUCGACGACCACCAGCGUGAAAGCCGCCUUCAUACCUACGUUGGUCGCUUGGCACGGCGACGGUAUAAUAUUCGUCGUAGGCAACGAUAGGGGCCAGUUCCAGCACUUUGACAUCACUCUAACGUGCAUCAAGAGCCAGACGCUAAACGACGAGGCGACGCCUGCGAACAUCCUCGACCUAUCGCCGUACUUUAGGAAUCAGCAUGCUCUGUUGCACAUGGAGUGGCACAAGAAGAGCGAUCCACGUCAAAUUCGCUACUACAACAGUGGCAAUUCCUUGUUUCUGCUACUUUUUGAACGAGGACCAAUCGGCGUGAUCAAAGUAAUCGAGGGCGACACCUUCUCGGGCGAUGAGCUAGUCAGGAGGUAUCUGUCCGAGUCCCGAGUGGAACAGGCGACCGCCUUGCUGCUGUCGAUGAAUUGGGACACGCAUCCGUGCGCCUGCAUGCACUCACUCAAUCAGAUCUUGAAUUAUUUGUUCAAGUUACCAUUGACGACCGAGCGCGAAGGCUUGAUACAAAACGCUCUGGGCAGUUUUCACGUACCUGCCAAGCCGAUAAGCCAAACUGUCGAGGAGGAGUACGGUGAUGAAGUGAGAGAUUUGACAAGGCGGUUCUUCCAUCAUCUGUUAAGGUACAGGAUGUUCGAGAAGGCUUUCAGGCUAGCGAUCGACCUGAACGAUCACGAUCUCUUUAUGGACAUACACUUUUACGCUCUGGUCUUGAACGAUAUAGAGUUGGCGAAUGCGGCCAAGGAGAAGGCCGAGAACAUCCUGAGCAGAUCGAAUAGCUGCAGUGGAUCGCAUUCGACGUGUUCUAGAGCAUCGUGCUCUAUAUGCUCCGAUUCGAGUAAGGAAGGUGACGAAGAGGAGGAGGAGGAAAACGACGAGGAGGGAGAGGAAGAAGAGACAUACAGCGAAGAGAGCGAGGAUUCUCGGAGAGAAGAACUAGUCGAUCUGAAGCUACCGAAGAGACACUACAAGAAGGCCUCGACUAGCCAAAUUCCGCCUUUACCGAUCGUCCAUCCUCGCCACAGCAUGAAGAAUGCUCUCGCCGCGUCAUACAACCAGAUCCCGUCCGCUAAUAAGACCGACUACGGCCUGAUAUCUCCGUCCUUUGACACUUCCAAUGGUAUCUUGACGACAACCCCGUUCAAUCACUCUUCGCACAUUCCGAACCCGUUUCUAGCCACCACCUCCUUCAACAAACCGUUGUACAACGCUUCAAGCUUCGCCUCGACGAACGCGUUGAAUAUCGACGGUGCGCCGGCGUUCAACAACGCUUCGGAUGAUCUGAUGACCACGUCGUUCGGCAGCGUUUCCCUCGGCGAAUCAGCGGGGGUGACGGUCGACGACCGACCGAAUGACGAUUUCGACGCUGGGAUAUCUUACGACAAGUCGCUACUCAACGAGAUACCGUAUUCAUUUAAUGGCCCCAGUGUCAAUGCGAUAACGACUCGCACGCAGGACGACUGCUUCAUCUCGACCGCUUUUAACAAGCCUGUGUACGAGUCCGAGGAUAUUCGGUCUAGUUAUUUGGCGAGGUCACUGGACGCUGUGGACAAUAACAUCAUGUCGACGUCAUUCAGCACGCAGUCUCGUGUGUCUGCAUCGCACGGCGGUUCGUUCAACGCGCUGAUAGCGAGCGGCAAGUUCGAAGAAACGACCUCCUCUCUGCUAGCGCGAAACGCGAAGUCGUCGAAAAUAUCCGAUAAGCUGCUAACGAAAAUCCUGACCGAUGCUGACGCCCUUGCACCAACGGAGCAAUCGGCGUCUCUUCUAGACGGUACUUACAAUAAUCUGAUGUCCACGUCGUUUAAUUAUCCCGAGGGCGACGCUGCAGCUGAAGGCAGCGGUGUCGCGUUUCCCAACGCGUUCAGCAGCGGCAACGAUCAAGCCGUUAAAGCGCAGCGCUCCACCAUGGAAGAGAAGGCGGACGUCGGCGUGCCACCGUCCGUGCCCGCCCUGUCGACUUCCCUGGCUAAUUACUUACACAGUCUACCGAAAAAGAAUUAUCCGCUGUCGAGAAGUACUCCGGGUUUGACAGAGCUCGACGAGUCCAUUCAGAAAUUUGGUCGGAUAGUACACGCGUCGCCGCGCGUUCUGCAAAAGCAAAACUCCGCGUCGAACAUCGUGCAGUGCCAAAAACCCUGCACGUCUUUCCGCACUUACAGAUACAACUACGACCUGGAUUACGUACCGGUGUUCCAUGACGGCACUCGCGAUGACGCAGAUUUGCAUCGCUCGCGGACGAGCGGCGGAAAGUUCGGUCCUCCCUCGCAGAAUCCGCAUCUUGCCUAUGGUGCGCACCGUCGAUUGUUCGAGAGCAGAUACCUAUCAAGAUCUAUCAAUCAAAGCAACGCGAACGUGAACGUCGGCAAAGAGACCAAAGUAUUCUCCAACGUGCCGCCACUGCCGGUGAUUGGUACGUCCGCUGCUAGCUCGAAAUUGUGCUCGGCAUGUCCGCCGUUUGCAGAAUCCACGCCAGCAAACUCCAACGAGAAGCCGAAAGUCAAAUUUUCAGAUACUGUCACUCACAUACUGGUACCCGGUACGGGUCAAGCACACAGGCAGAAACGACCAACUGUACAGCCACAUGUAACAGAUCCUAAACGCGAAUUAGCUGAAAGUCUUCCACUCUGCUUGGGUAACGAGGAUUAUCUUAAAGAUUUCCAGCCAUUGUCCAAAAAUGGCGCAGACGAGAAAGUGAAGGAAUCUCCCAAAUCUGACGACAGUACAAAGAUUAAAGUCGUGCAUUUCGGUUUACUAUAGAUGUUAGUAGCAUUAUAGAGAAAUAGUAAUUUAUUCAAUUUAAUCUGAUCUUAAUGCAAUUAGAAUUAUUAAGAAAAAUAUUAAGACUGUAAUAUGAGAUUUUCGGUGAGAGGAGGUUCCGUUUUCUAGAAAUAUUUUUCUAGCUCCUUUGUGUACAUAUAUUUUACACAUUGUCUCAGGAAGAUUAGAAAAGAAAGAUCUCUUUAGCGAUUCUUAAAA